UUAUGCUCGUAAAGCGUACCAGUCGUCCUCUGAGCUUUCAGUGGUUCUCAGUCGCCCUUCAACACGAAGAGUGUUUCUCCUUCUCAACCAGAUCAGACAGCAGCUCAACGUUUAACCAUGGCAGGGACACUGGCACGGAAAGCUGUCGACCACCUGAGGAGCAAAGACUUCAGGGACUAUCUGAUGAGCACGCAUUUCUGGGGUCCCAUAGCCAACUGGGGUCUUCCUAUAGCCGCCAUCACAGAUAUGAAGAAGAGCCCUGAGAUUAUCAGCGGCAGGAUGACCUUCGCUCUGUCCUGCUAUUCACUGCUCUUCAUGAGGUUCGCCUACAAGGUGCAGCCACGCAACUGGCUACUGUUUGCUUGCCAUGUGACCAAUGAGACAGCACAGCUAAUCCAGGGAAGUCGUCUCAUCAAAUACAACAUGGAGAAGAAGAGGAAAUCUUAGUGGCAGAGUGAAGCAGAUGCAGAACGUGGCACCAUGCUACUCCAACAGCGAACCUGGACAUCAAAACUAAUGCAUCUAAACACAAACUUACCAAAUCAUUGAAACUGUGGCACUUGAACCAUUUUUAACCUGAUGUUACUAUGAUUGAUCCUCCUCAAGUUUUAGUCACUUUUUACCACACAAACAGAAACAAAGCAGAUGCUUUUCCUCCAUGAAUUAAGUUUUUUUUUUCUUUUUAGAUUUCUGCUAUAAUCAAUUUAAACGCACAAAAAUAUAAUGUGGCUGAAUGUACACUCAGCUAACCAGCCUGACAGUUAGCUGCCUUGCACACUGACUGUUAAACACGUUCAAACUAGGCUAAAGCAAUCAUUAUUCACCAAUCAUCUCAUUUUAGGUCAUCACCAUUAAUAUUGUUUAACUUUCUUAGCUGCUUAGUAAUUUAAAUAUUAAUGAUAUUUAAUAGAGAACUUAGCCUGAGUUUAGUUUGUGCAAAUAUGUCCACACCAUGGAAAAUUAUCACUUGCAAAGCAUAUGGAUUGUCAUUCAUUGACCUUUAUUUAAAUGCAGAGGACAAAGAAAGCUAAGCUUUUUGUUUGUUGUGAAAAUAGAGUGGCAUGGUUUUAUGACGGUAUAAUAAAUAAGACAAGCUGCUUCUGUCAGUGCUGACCAAAUGUACUGUGUGUUGCUGUCAUAUGUCAUUCACAUUAAUUUAUUGUCAUUGUAUAAUUCACAUUACAUUUCCCUGAUUAAUGAUUUGAAUGUCUGGGUUUGUUCAAAUAAACUGGCUAUAACCAACGUCAACACAA